AUGCCAAAGAGGCAAGGUACCGCGGCGUCAAUCAUCCUGGGGCAUGAGCUGGCUGCUGUGAGCCUGCAGAAGCUGGAACAGCAGCAGCGGCUGUUUGAAAAGAAGCAGCGACAGCAACGACAGAAGCGCCAGGAGCUCCUCAUGGUUCAGACCAGUCCUGAUGCUUCCCUGCGGUAUUGUCGCCCGUGUCUGCGGGAAGAGCGCCUUUUAGGUGACAGAGGCCUUGGGAACCCUUUCUCCCGGAAGAAUUUGUCAGAGGCACACCUGCUCUCUGGCAUCCACAGUGCCGUGGGCACCGUGAGCCGUGGUGGAGACAGCAGCGGCCAGAGCGGCCCGCUGACACCGCGGAUAGAAGCAGUGUUCUGGAAUCUUGGUCUCCAGUCCCCUUCCUUAUCCUUGCUCCCAGACAGUUCCGAUUCAGAAUUGGAGGAAGUCUCCUUGGAGAAUUGUUCUGUCUCUCCUCCACUUUUUAAACCGACUCCAAGAAUCCCACGAAGGUGUUGGCAACCCCGCCAACGUCCUGAGACCGGUACAGAGGGUGAGAGUGAAUCCCAGGAUGUCGGAGAUGCAUACAAGGCACCCAAAAUGGGACCAAACCCUGGAAUGGACGGUGACCGGGGACAGGAAAACUUGGCCUUCCAAAAGGAAGAAGACUUGGAGAAGAAGAAAGAGGCGUCGGAAUCUACAAGGACGAAUUCCUCAGCAGCAAUCGAGAAAAAGUUGUCCAGGGCCCUUGAAGGCGAGGGCGGCAUGGGCGGCGACCAUAUGAAUCGCAAAGCCUCCUUUGCAAUCAGCUUCCCCUGCCCUCUGCUGGGCGAGGAUAAGAAAGCCUACGUGUUGCGGCCGGCUCUCCAGGGCAUCAGGAUGCAGUGUUACAUCAACCGCGACAACCGCGGCGUGGACAAGGGCUUGUUCCCCCUCUACUACCUCUACCUGGAGAACCCCAAUGGGCUGAAGCACUUCCUCCUGGCUGGGCGAAAGAGGAGAAGGAGCAAAACUUCUAAUUACCUCAUCUCCCUGGAUCCCACAGACCUAUCUCGGGAUGGGGACAACUUUGUGGGCAAAGUCAGAUCCAAUGCCCUGGGCACCAAGUUCACCAUCUUUGACAACGGGGUGAAUCCUGACCGGGAGCAUUUAAUCAGGGAUACUGCCCGGAUCAGACGGGAGCUGGGGGCUGUGUGUUAUGAGACCAACGCCUUGGGAUUCCUGGGACCUCGGGAAAUGACUGUGGUUCUCCCAGAAACCGACAGCCAGAACCAGAUCGUCAGUGUCCAGCCACUAAGAGAACAGGAGUCGAUAUUGAGUCGCAUCCGACGUGGGGACAACCAAGGGUUGCUUGUGCUGCACAACAAAACCCCGUUGUGGAACCACAGGAACCGUGUCUUUGUGCUCGAUUUCCACGGUCGAGUUACUAUGACUUCGGUCAAGAACUUCCAGAUCAUGCAUCCCAAAGACUCGGAACGUCUGGUGCUCCAGUUUGGCCGCGUGGCCCCAGACACAUUCACCAUGGACUUCUGCUUCCCGCUUAGCCCGCUCCAGGCCUUCGCCAUAUGCUUGUCCAGUUUCAGUGUGAAGCUGGCCGUUGAGUAGCAAAAUAAAAUACCAUAUAAAGUACCAU